GCUUAAUCUAAUAAAAUGUCACUACAAAUUAAUUUUAUUUCAGAAAUAAUUUUUUCUAUUUUACUAGAUUUUUCAAUGAUGCAAUCAUGCAAGGUUGUCGUCUGCUUUCGAAUUGUUGAAUUGAAAUUGGUCAUACACGAACAUGUUGUAUGUAAUUAGUAAAUCGAGACAUUUUUAAAUGAUGAUUCCAAAGAGAAAUUGUUACUUUUUGUGCAAAAAUGUAAUUGCUACACUGUUGUUUUGUACCUUUUUAUUUUUUUUGAUUCGCCAUUACUUGAGUUAUUCAUCCAGUGAAUCCAGCAAAAGCCAUCCAGAACACCUCUUUUUUGAACAGAAAAAUGUGACUCAGUCUGCAUCAGAUAUUUGGCGUAAAGAUGCUUCUGUGCAACAUGCAAAUGAUGCAGUUUUAUUGUCCCAUGAAACACAUGUAUUCUAUUACCCGUGGUAUGGAAAUCCAGAAGAUGAUUCAGUAUAUCUGCACUGGAAUCACGAGUACAUCCCAAACUGGGACAAACAAGACACCAAUAUAUAUCCUGUCGGGAAGCAUUCACCUCCAGAUGAUAUAGGUGCAAAUUUUUAUCCCCUGUUGGGUUGUUACAGUUCCAAAAAUCCUGCAACUGUGGCCCAACAUAUGAAGUGGAUAAGGCAAUCAGGAAUAGGAGUACUUGUUAUUUCCUGGUAUCCACCUGACUUGAGUGACAAAGAAGGAAAGCCAUUUGACCAACUUUUCCCAAUGUUUUUGGACUCUGCCAGAAUUUAUGGGCUGAAAAUUUCUUUUCACAUUGAGCCUUAUGAAGGAAGAACUCCUGAAAAUUUACGCAAAAACAUAGAGUACAUAAUAAACAAAUAUGGCAAUCACUCUGCCUUGUACAAAAUGCAAAAAUCUCGUUCAAAGAAACCUCUACCAGUUUUUUACGUAUACGACUCGUAUCUCAACUCUCCCAAUAGCUGGAGUUCCGUGCUGAGUAUUGGCGGGAAGGAGUCCAUCAGAAAUUCGGAUAUGGACGCUAUCUUCCUCGGACUAGUCGUCGAACUUCGUCACAAACAAGAUAUUGUGUCUGGAGGGUUUGACGGAUUUUACACAUAUUUUGCUGCCAACGACUUUUCCUAUGGAAGUUCGUGGAAAAAUUGGAAAAGUUUGUCUGCGUUUGCUAGAAAGAAUGGGCUCUUGUUUGUUCCGUCCGUUGGUCCCGGUUACAAAGACACUCAAGUCCGUCCGUGGAAUGCCAAGACCACCAGAGAACGCAAAAGCGGGAAGUACUACAAAGUAGCUUGGACGACGGCACUCCAGACUAGUCCACCGUUAAUUUCCAUCACCUCUUUCAACGAGUGGCAUGAAGGAACACAGAUAGAACCGGCUGUUUCGAAAACAAAUAAAGGUUACGUCUACAAUGAUUAUUCACCCGGUGAACCAGAUUUCUACCUAAACUUGACUAGACAGUUUGUGUCCCAGUAUCGAGAAAUCCUGUUGAAAAAAACUUGAUGCUUAAGAAAUUCCAUUUUAUAUCAAACACAUUCACAAGUUUUUUUCUUUUGGGAAAGAAAAAAAAAGAAAUAAAUGAACUCGUGACAUUUAUAAAAUUGACUUUGGCUCCAUUCCUUAUUCACAUUUCGGAUAUCAUGA